AUGGCUGGGAGAAGUCAUAGAAAGCCCUGUCUUCUUCCCCAAGCAAAGUAAUCAACCUCCCCAUAUGUUAAGCAGCUGUUGGAUACAUAUCCACAUCUUAACAAUGUGAUUGCUCCAGUUGGAUAUACUUUGGCAGGUACUGUAUUCGCUUGGCUAGUGAUGCCUAGGCUUUUCAAGAGGUUUCACAAGUAUGCAAAUCAAGGUCGUAAUGUCGUACUAGCUCAAAGCGCAUUAGAGGAGCAUGUUCCAUAUGAGAAAAGUUUUUGGGGUGCUUUGGAGGAUCCAGUUCGAUACCUUGUUACGUUUAUGGCAUUUUCACAAAUUGGCUCAGUGGUUGCACCAACUACUAUUGCUGUUCAAUAUCUUGCACCAGCUUGGAGAGGUGCAGGUAUCCUAUCAUUUGUUUGGUUUCUAUAUCGGUGGAAGACAAAUGUGAUUAGUCGUGUAUUAGCAACACAAAGUUUGCCCAAUAGUUUUGACCGGGAGAAGUUGUUAGCUCUGGACAAAAUUUCAUCUGUUGCUUUUAUGGUUGGGGUAAUGGCCUUAGCGGAGGCAUGUGGGGUGGCUGUGCAAUCUCUUAUGACUGUUGGAGGCGUAGGAGGAGUUGCCACUGCUUUUGCUGCCAGAGAUGUCCUUGGAAAUGUCCUGAAUGGUUUAUCUAUACAAUUUACAAAACCUUUUUCACUAGGUGAUACAAUAAAGCUAUUUUUGCAUAUUGUGCAGGCUGGAUCAAUAGAAGGUCAAGUGGUGGAUAUGGGACUUACAACCACUUCAUUACUGAAUGCCGAGAAGUUCUCGGUGAUAGUUCCCAAUUCACUAUUUUCUAGUCAGGUGAUUGUAAACAAGUCACGAGCUCAAUGGCGUGGUAUGGUCACCAGAAUUCCCCUGCAAAUUAAUGAUGAGUUGGAUAAGGUUCCCCAGAUAUCAAUUGAUAUAAAGAACAUGUUGAGAUCACACCCGAAGGUUUUCCUGGGGAAGGAGGUGCCUUAUUGUUUCCUGUCUCGUUUAGAGAGUUCAUUUGGAGAAUUGACUCUUGGCUGUAACCUCAAGCAUAUGAGCAAGGAUGAAUUGUACUCUACAGAAGAAGAUAUUCUUUUGCGGGCUGUCAAGAUAAUCAAGGGACAUGGUGCCAAGUUAGGCAGCACAUACAAUGAUACCACCACUCCAUAGUAGCUUAAGUUAAGAGUUGGAACUCGUGCUUUGGUUUCUCUGAAGAUAUAUUUUCUUGACUGCUAACCG